AUGCUUUCAAAUUUUACUGAUUGCCUAUACUUGGUAAUCGGAAUUUAUCGCAAGAAAAGAGGAGAAAGGCCAUCAGGCAUUUAUUGGUCGACAGCGGACGCUCAGAAUCAAAGAAUUGCCAUACAAGAGGAGACAAAAAAC